AUGGGAUCUCUCAACACCCCUCGAGACUUGGAUCAAUUUGUUGGUGGAACUCCAAUCCAAGACGACAAUGAUGGCCCUUAUACCGUAUCAGAGCACUUGCUCUGGGCUCCUCGCAGGGUUAGAGUUGCAUGCAUUGGCGCAGGCGCUUCGGGCAUCAUGAUGUGCUACAAGAAAGACAAGGAGUUUGGAGACUCCAUGGAGCUUGUGGUCUACGAACGAUAUCCCAAGUGCGGUGGUGUCUGGUACGCCAACAAAUACCCAGGCUGCCGAUGCGAUGUGCCGUCACCUGCUUAUCAAUAUGCUUUCGCUCCCAAGUCCGACUGGUCGAGGUAUUACUCGCCAGCCAAGGAGAUCCAAGAGUACUAUCAGACCUUCGUUGAGGAGCAUGGGUAUCUGGACAAGUACAUCAAACUGACUCAUGUUGUCGAGGAAGCUGUCUGGGAUGGAACGGCAAGCCAGUGGGUUUUGAAGAUCACUGACACCACAGUCCCCGAGCACCCAAGGACAUUUGAGGAUAGGGUUGACUUCCUUAUCGCCAACACCGGAGUCUUGAAUACCUGGAAAUGGCCAGAUAUACCGCAUCAGGAACAUUUCAAGGGACAGAUUACUCACUCAGCUAAUUACGACACGUCCAUUGAGCUAAAGGACAAGACAGUCAUUGUCAUCGGCUCCGGAGCAUCUGCGAUCCAAAUUGUGCCUGCUAUCAAGAAUGAGGCCAAGAAGGUGAUCUCCUUCUAUCGCACACCACAGUGGAUAGGCCCUGGCUUAGCCAUAGAUGGUCUCACUGACAAUGAGGGCCGAAAUUUUGAUUGUAAGUACCACUUGCCGGCGAAUGGCGAGGAAGCUCACCCUAGUGUAGUCACACAAAAACAAAAGAAGGACUUUGCCGAUGACUACGAUGCAUAUCUACGACUAAGGAAGGCCUUAGAAACAAAAAUCAACACGAGCUUCAAGAACAAUCUCACUAAGCAUCCCAACCAAAAGGCGGCCCGACAGUUCGUCAGCGAACGUAUGGCCAAGAUUCUCAACUACAAUAAGGGCCUUACGGACAGGUUGAUCCCAGACUUCCCGCUCGGCUGUCGCCGACUUGGCCCAGCCGAGGGCUUCUUGGAAUCUUUUCUCGAGGAUCACGUUGAGCUGGCCGAGGGCGACAUCAAGGCUUUUACUGAGAAUGGGCUUGUCACCGUCCAAGGGCAGGAAUACAACGCUGAUGUCAUCAUAUGCGCUACUGGGUUCGACGUCAGCUUCAAGCCCAACUUCCCUAUUCACGGCCGGGGAGGCAUUUCACUGGGCAAGCUCUGGGAAAAGGACCCUGCCGCAUAUCUUUCUGUCGCGGCCAGAGGAUUUCCCAACUUUAUGAUCGGCUCGCUUGGGCCAAAUUGUCCUGCCGGGCAUGGCUCCUUUGUCACUGUGUUGGAGGCGGCCCAAAAUUAUGUCUGCAAAGUGAUCCGAAAGAUACAAGUGGAUAACAUCCGAAGCAUCGAAGUCAAGGCAGAGGCACUUGCCGAGUACAAUGAGCACAUUCAUGAGUGGCUCAAGCGAACCGUUUGGUCUGCAGGCUGUCGAUCGUGGUACAACCAGGGGCGCCCAGGCGGUAAAAUUACUGCGCAGUAUCCCGGCUCCCUUGUUCACUGGCGCAUGAUGAUGGAGAAUCCUCGUUUUGAGGAUUACGAUAUCAUAUACCGCAGUCGAAACAGAUUCGAGUUCAUGGGCAACGGGUUCACAUACCGCGAGGAGACUGGGGAAGAUGUGGCUUGGUAUCUCGAACGCGACUACAUUGACAAACCCCUUUUUGAGUAG